UGUUUCUUUUCACGGUUGUAUUCAAAAGCUUUUAACAUGAUUAUCCACAUGUAUUUCCCAGGCUAAAACACAGAAUACAACCGUUUAAUGUUUCACACUUCAAUCCAACCUGAGUCACACAUAUCAGGAUUAAUACUAUUCAUAUUUAGGAUGGACUCUCCAUUAAAUUCCCCGCUGAGAGAAGUCAGCAGAGAUCAUCAGACGUCAGAGGAGAAGCUCGGCCUCAGCAUCUCACACCAGCGGGAAUAAUGGACUGAUAAACAUCACUUUUUGGGGCGAUGUUCAGAUUUGUUUGCCAUGGAAACAGAUAUGAUACCAAAAUUCUCCUCAAAAGACGAGGAAAUUAACUUCUGGAAGGCUCUUUCCCUCAAGUACAAGAAAGGCUGUCAGGAGGCGCAGGAGGAGCUGCUGGAGUUUCAGGAGGGGAGCCGGGAGCUGGAGGCUGAGCUGGAAGCACAGCUGGGCCAGUCCGAGCACCGCAUGAAGGACCUGCAGUCUGAGAACCACAGACUCAAGAGUGAGGUGGAUUCCCUCAAGGAGAGGUUUGAGCAGCAGUACUCUCAGAGCUACAAGCAGAUCUCCAUGCUGGAGGACGACCUCAGCCAGACACGCAGCAUCAAAGAUCAGCUCCACAAAUAUGUCCGGGAGCUCGAACAGUCCAACGAUGACCUGGAGAGAGCCAAAAGAGCUACUAUCGUGUCUCUGGAGAACUUCGAGCAGCGUAUGAACCACGCAAUCGAGAGGAACGCCUUCCUGGAGAGCGAGCUGGAUGAGAAGGAGUCUCUUCUGUUCUCUGUGCAGAGAUUUAAGGAUGAAGCCAGAGAUUUGCGGCAGGAGCUGGCUGUACGAGAGAGACAGACAGAUGUGACCAGGAUGUCUGCUCCGAGUUCCCCCACAGAGGACACUGAGAAGAUGGACACAGCUGUCCAGGCCUCCCUCUCUCUCCCUGCAACCCCUAUGAGCCAAGGUCUGGACAACGCCUUUGCCAACACCACAGGCCUAUCAAACGGCUUUGGCAACAACACUCCGUUGACUCCUUCUGCCAGAAUAUCAGCCCUCAACAUCGUCAGUGAUCUACUGCGGAAAGUCGGGGCUCUGGAGUCGAAGCUUGCUGCGUGCAGGAACUUUGCCAAGGACCAGAAAGCGAGGAAGACGUACACUCUGGACAACGGCAACGUGCUCAACGGAAACACAGCUAACUACUCACAAUCACUCCACACAUCGUAUUUUGACAAAGCGACAGAGAAGGUCACAUUCCCUGCAUUGAUUCUGGCAGGACGGCAAACGGACUGAAGCCUGGUACCCUGACGGCCAUCACGGCCCCCCCUGCUGCCUCGUCCCAGGGCUUAGUGCCGCUCGCUGUUUGACGGUAAACCCAACGCAUCAUCCUUCGACUCAAAAAUCACAUCUAUGAAGACAUGGCCUCAGACAAAUACUGUAAAACUUUAUUGAUGUACUGUUGUAGCCCUCUCUGUUGUUCUAACCCGAUACACUGUAAUUAUGGGUCGCUGUCUGUAUAUUUCAUGUCUUACUGUAUCUGCUGUUUGCUCACUGGCUUGUACAAAGAUCUACUCGUCACAAAUCUAAAGAUUUUUCUAGGAUCUCACCCUGAAUUGCGAAAUAUGUGCACCAUAUCAUCUAAAAAGCAUGGAUGGAUUACUGAUCAGGCUUACGGGCCACAGGCCAUACUGUAGGGCCAAAGGGUCAGUGGCUCUCCUGGUUUCACGUGUACGACCCAGGAAGAGACUCAAAAGGACCACAAAGAAACAUAAGUGGACUAGGACAAGACACAAAAAGACUACAAAUAGACACUAACAACUACAAAGAGACACAAAACAACUACUGAGACUUAGAGAACCACCAAGAGACACCAAUCUAAGAGCCUUAAAAUGAGUAGAGACAAAAACCAACUAGAAAGGAACACCAAAUAAAUAAAUACAUAUUUUCAAUGACUAUAUAGACAAACCAAACAUCUACAAAGAGACACAAAUGAUCUACAUAGAAAAUUAAAAUGACUAUAUGGCGCAAAGUUAAACUUCAGAGACUUAAAAAGUUACAAAGCAACUAAAAUAGAUACAAAAAGCAACUACAAAGAGACACACUGUGAUCUAGAAAAUACACAAAUCAAAUACGAGGUUCAAAAAUACUUCAAUGAGACUCAAACCAUCUACAAAGAGAAGCAAAUAUACUACAAAGACAGUCAAACGGACUGAAAGGAGACUAAAACCACUAAGAAAGGACAGAAGCAGUGACACAGAGGAAACUACCGUAUAAGAAAUAGGCUAAACAAAGAGUCUGUGCCCAGGGGCACGCUGUCUCACAAUCCUCUCACGCUUAAAAGGGAAAUAUGCAAUUAAAAUGUGUCUUUUUUAAAUAAAUAAAGAAUGCAACAGCUUUUUCAGCGUUGAAACCCUUAUACAUACAUUAUGCUUUAAACUAGCAAUAACUUCAAUUACGUUGUCAGUUAAGUGCACUCGCAUCCAUUUGCUUACAUGGGUUGCCACAUGUGGAGAUGUCCUAAAUAAUCCUGAGACACAUGACCUGUUCUCCAUUAUUUGUUGAUGUUUUCAAAAUGUGGGCCUCACAGGUUAAUGUUUUAAACAUGAUCUCUGUUGUGUCUGUGAUUUUGGAAUUUAACUGUUAUCUUGUGACCCGUUUUAUAGAAUUUAAUUUUCAAGCAUUUUUAAAAGAAGGGAAGGUACAGUAUGUCUAUGUGUCAUUGUAGUGAGUCAAACACACCAUCUAUCCUCUGAACUAUGUGACAUGAUGUGUACAGUUUUGGUCAUAUUGAUCGUUGUUUAUAGACAGCCUUUUAAGUGGUGCUGUCGUCGUGUUCAGACCAGUUAACCAGCAUACUUUUAUUCUGUAGUCAGUUUACUGUACACAAUUAGCAAUUGAAGCACUUUGACUUUGUUUGAACUCACUUUUUAUUCAAGUGCAAUAUUGCCUGUUUGUUAUAAUUUGUAGGUUUAAUUUAUUUCGGCCUUCUUUUAUGGCAUGUUUUAAUAAAAGGUGCAAUUCUGUAAAA